AAGAAGAAGAAAAAGUGACGAAUAUUACAAAUUGGUACCUGGCGUGUUGGAUCAUCAGCGAGUCUCUCUUUCUUUCUCUCAAAACUAUUUUGUAGAUUUGUUUUCCAAAUUUUUCUAUAAGUAACAGCCGGUGAUCGAUUCAAUUCCUCUAAUUCUUGUUCUUCCUCUUUGAAUUAGGAAUAGAAUUCUAGACACAUGAAUGAAAGAAUCACUACAAAAAUCUUCCAUUUAUAUAUUGAGGAUUACCUCUCCUGCAGCAUAGUCAAUGAGAAAAACCUUCGUCAGCAUCUUCAGUGGAUUUUAGCAUAGUUGGCUUUCCAAUCAAGUCCCUUUGUUCAAUCCCUUUUAUGGCUGCCAGCUAUUGUUUACAGAAAGGCGUGCAUACUGUUACACAAUCUUCGCCUUCUCCUACAAUUUCUUGUAUACACAGCAUACCACAUGUUGCAGAAGUUUCACGUAUCACAAGUGCUGAUUCAGCAGGUUCUUCAUCAGAUGGAUUGGCAGCUUCUAAAGUCCUUAAAGAUGUACAUAUAUCAGCACAAUUGAUGGAGGAUUUUCUUGCACUUGCCAGAGACAACACAGACAAAGAUUUGGAGACCUGUGGGGUUCUUGGUGCUUUUCUCAAAGGUGGAACUUUCUACGUAACGACUCUAAUAAUACCCAAACAAGAAUCGACUUCCGAUUCUUGUCUGGCUCUAAAUGAGGAGGAGAUUUUUGCCAUACAAAAUGAACAAUCCCUUUAUCCUGUAGGAUGGAUCCAUACACAUCCUUCUCAAAGAUGUUUCAUGUCAUCAAUUGAUUUGCACACCCAGUUUUCAUAUCAGAUGAUGGUACCCGAGGCGGUUGCCAUUGUCAUGGCUCCCACUGAUAACUCAAGGGCCUAUGGAAUAUUCAGGCUAUCAGACCCCAGUGGGAUGAACAUCUUAAAGGAGUGCAAAGAGACGGGUUAUCAUCCUCAUCGAGAACCGAGCGAUGGGAGUCCCAUAUACGAUCACUGCUCCAAUGUCUAUGUUAAUCCAAAUCUGAGGUUUGAAAUAUGUGACUUGCGUUGAUGAAGCCGUGAUCUGCAGAAACUCUGUUGGUUAUAUAUGCAUUGUCAAGUAUGUUAAUGUUUAUGGUUGAACUAGCAUGAAACUGCGAGAAGACUUGGAAGGUGUAAUGUUUUUUUUUCUUCACAGGUGUAUUUCAGUAGUGAAUCAUCUACCCUAAGUAUAUGUUCUCAAAAUAAACACUCUGUAUGUUCUCAAAAUGAACACUAUAUGGUUGAAAAGGGUGAAGUAAUAGAGACCUGUUUAUUUGUAGUCGGAUCUCAAUGUGAUGUUUAUUCUGUCA